AUGCCUCCUCAUCGAGACCGCGAGCCUAAUCUCGCUGAACUUGUGGCUAGUGCUAGAGUAGUUGGUGCUAGGAGGUCUCGUUAUGAGAGAAUUCCAAUUCCUCUAAGCCAAAAUCAAGAUGAUGUUGAAACAUCAUAUGCUCAGAUGGCCGUUGAAAUUGACCGACCUCUUACAAACCCGAUUGAGGGGACACAAGGUGUUGUGGCUGGACAUGAUGAUAGAGUGUUGAACUUGAUACAGGAGGUGAGUUUAAAGAUAGCCCCUCCUCCUUUCAAGGGUUUCAUAAACUCGGAUGAUGCAGAAUUAUGGAUUGAGGAGAUGGAGAAAGCUUUUGUUGCCAUGCGUUCCAGUGAUCAAGACAAAAUUAUAUUCGCAGUCUAUCUAUUACAAGGAAAUGCACAUAAUUGGUGGAAAGGAGUAACGCGCACUCAUGACAAUGACCCUGAGUUCUUCAAUUGGGAGAAUUUUCGCACUACUUUUUAUGCCAAGUAUUUUCCUCGAAGCAAUCUAUUACAGUUGGAGAGAGAGUUCCUUAAUCUGGUUAAGGGUAGUAUGACAGUGGAUGACUAUGAGGCUGAGUUUGAUCGGUUGUCCAAGUUUGUCACUGCUCUAGUUUCUGACGAUGAGAGUAGGGCCAGGAGGUUCGAAAAUGGUUUGAAUGCUCACAUCCGCAGAGGCUUAGCUCCAUUGCACUUGAUCAGCUACAAUGAAGUGGUUGGUAGGGCAAAAUCCUUAGAUGCUUCUCGAGAUUUUGCUACUUUUAAGGAUAGACUUCCUCUUUGGGGAACUCAAUCGUACCAUGGCAAGACAUCCCAACAAGGGCUUAGGUGUUCAGUGUGUGGUGGAGGACAUCAAGCUACUAAAUAUAGGCGUGUUACUGGUGCUUGUUUUAGAUGUGGCCAAUUGGGCCAUCGUAUUGCUUAUUGUCCUUUAGUCCUCCCAGAAUGUCAAUCUGUGCAGAAGCCACAAAACUCUCGAACCUUUGAAACUACAGCGCAAAGGACUCAGCCCACUCAUGUUGUUCAGACUACGCAAGCACCUUAUUCUAGACAUCAAAAAGUGGGAAGACCUCGCACUCAGGGGCGUGGUUAUGCUAUCACUCAGUCAGAUGUAGAGGCAUCCAACACCGUUGUCUCAGGUACACUGCUAGUUGCCUCAGCUUUUGCUCAUGUGUUGUUUGAUACCAGUGCAUCUCAUUCUUUUGUAUCUGUUGCAUUUGUUCGAAAGUUUGCUUUGCCUUGUAUGCUUCUGGAUUAUGAAUUAUGCGUAGACACUCUAGUUAGAGGUGAAAUUAUGUCAGAUUAG